GCCGAGGAUUAUUCCCCGCUUGGAGGGGAGCAGCCGCCACCCAGCAGCCUCCUCGUCUCAGUCGCGAGGAGCAGCGGCUGGCCGCCCGCGAUGACGCAGCCCCUCCUGGAAGGCCGGGCCUGGAAGAGGAGGAGGAGGAGCGGUCGGGCGGCCUGCAGGGCCUGUGCCGCGUUGCUAUGGCGACCUCGCAGUCCCCGGCCAUGGCGGACGAGGAGUCGGAGCGCGACAGCGUCCACACGGGCGAGUCGCGGGAACUGAGCGAGGAGCUGCACCAGGACCUGGCCCAGUUCUCCAUUGACCAGCUGAAGUGCUUGGUGGAGGAAGCCAGCCAUGACAAUGCCAUGCUCAAACUCGAGACAACAAUGUUUGAGAAGACUUUCAAUCGGCUUGAGCCAAGGGACUUGCUGGAAAAGUUUGGCUCUUUGAUGGACAUGGGACAAGUACAACUUGCACGAGGCAGGCGCAAAUCUAAAUCCCGGUUAACAGCAGAUCGUCUGGUGGGUCUGACGGUGGAACAGAAAUGUGACAUAGCACAACGGGAGCUGGAGGAGACAAAGGAAGACGUUCAGAGGUUAAAGGAGACAUCAGAAAAGCUCUUGCAGAACUACCUGGCUGUCCUGGAGGAAGCAGACACCCGCCUAGUUGACAUUAAGAAAGCUGUGCAGGACUUUGACAAAGAUAUAGUCAAAACCAUCACCAAGAAGAAAGGGAGUGUCAUCGCCUCUGAAAAAGUGCUGAGAUACAUGGAAGAUAGGAUACGCUACAGGGAUGUACUGAAAGAGAAAAUUCGUUUGAAAAAUGAUUCCCUGAAAGUCCAGAAGAAGAAGAUGCAAAUGCAGCUCAAGCAGAAGGAGGAACUCGGGGAGGCACUACAUGAGGUGGAUUUCCAACAGCUGAAAAUCGAGAAUGCUCAGUUCCUGGAAAAGAUUGAUGAGCGAAACCAGGAGCUGCUGCAACUGAAGCUGACUGUGGGCAACGCUAUCCAGGUCCUCAACUUCUACAGAAAGAAACUGUAUACUGCAAUGACCCUGGCCACCAACCUGGUGAAAGAUAUUGCCCAGAGAAAGGAGUCCCUGGAAAAAAUUGAACAUGAGGCCAUCCUCGUUGAGGAGGAACGGGACAAAGCUGAGGUCCUGAACAAAAAGCUACGGAAACAACUGGCAGAUUACAAAGUGCCCCCUGUCCUCGACUAUGUCCAUGAGAAGAUGGCAGUACAUGAACUGGAGAACAUCAUCAAGAUCUGGGAGAGGAAGGUGGAAAUUGCAGAGAUGGCCUUGCGGAGCUACCAGAGUGUUUGGCACAAGACAAAGCUGGCUAGUCACCAGCUGCAGGCUCUUCUCCCAGAGCAAGGGAGCCAAUGAGAAGGAGAGAUCUGGACAAAGGCACUUUACCAAGGGCCCAGUUGCCUAGCCUUGGAAGAGAGCAGGAGCCCCUGCAGCACAUGCCUCCUGCUUCCUCUGUCUUCUUUGGCUCUCUCUUCCUGACAAGGUAUUUGCACCAGGGUCUCAGGACCCCUGCAGUUGUUGUCCCCUUUUCCUUUCUGUUCCCCUGUGAUGAGUUACUUUAUAAG